AUGGCGGUGGAGGACGAGAGCCGCGCGCGCGAGGCUGCCGCGAUCGUCGCCGCCGCGGAGAAGAGCGCGGCGAGGGAGCGCGAGUGGGCGGAGACGGCGGCGGCGGAACGCGCGGAUCUCUCGUCGAAGCGCGCCGAGGCUGAGCGCGCGAAAGCCGCCGCGCUCGCGCACGUCAGGGAGACGGAAGCCGCGCGGACCGCGGAGCGCGAGGCGCUGGAGAAGGCGCGCGCCGCGGUCGAGGCGGACCGCGUCGCGGCGCGCGAGGCGAGGGAGGAGGCGAACGCGCUGCUGAUGGAGGCGUCGUCGAUCAUGGCGGAGGCGGAGGAGAGUUUCGAACGCGCCGGGCGGAUCGGGCUCGCGGAGGAUGCGCUCGUCGGCGAGGGGCUGCUCGCGCAGUACGUCGCGGGAGAGAAUAAGAAUCGCGCGCCGGUCGGCCCGGGGGAUUCGUUCCUGGGGGAAGAGAUCGAGCGCGCCGAGGAGGAGGACGCGGACGCGGACGCGGAGGCGGCGAACGCGGACGCGAACGGCGGCGGCGGCGGACGCGGGUUCGUCUCUCCCAUCGCCCUCCACCGCGGCGCCUUCGCGGAGAUGGCUUCGAUGGCUUCUUCCCCGCCGGCGUCGCUGACCCCCGACGCGCGACGACGACACAACUCGCGGAUGAUGUUCGUCGACUCGGACGACGACGACGACGACGAGCACGGCGACGCCGCGGGAGGGGGAGGAGGGGGAAGAGAGAAGAAGAAGUACAAGUACGCGCGACUGACGACGCUCGACGCGGAGACGGUGUCGGCGAUCGUCGCGCCGCCGCCGAUGCUCGACGACGCCGUGGCGUGCUCGCUCGAGCGGAGGGUUCGGAGGUACGCGCGCGCGCUCAGGGCGCUGCCGAAGGUGGAGCUCCACGCGCACCUGAACGGGUGCGUGCGAGACGAGACGUUGCUCGACUGCGCGCGGCGGCGGGAGGAGGAACGCGAACGCGAACGCGAACGCGACCGCGAACGCGACCGCGACCGCGAACGCGAACGCGAAACCGAAACCGAAGAAGCGAACGACGCGACGAAGUGUAACUCGAUGGAGGACGUCCGCGCGAUGCUGCGGAAACCGGACGGCGCGUCGCGCCCGCUCGCGCGCUGCUUCGAGCUCUUCGGCGCGAUCCACGACCUGUGCACGACGCACGAGACGCUGGAGCGCGUCGCCGCGGAGGCGGUGGUGGAUUUCGCGCGCGACGGCGUCGUCUACGUCGAACUUCGAACGACGCCGAAAGAUUUCCCGUCGCGAGGCGUCACGAAAGAGAGCUACGUGGAGGCGGUCGUCCGCGGCAUCUCGCUCGGGUGCGAGCUCGCGAACGACGACGAGCAUCACAAAGUGACGUGGCGCGGCGUCGAGGGCGGCGUCGCGCCGAGGGAUAAGGAGACCAUCGUGGCGAGGCUCAUCCUCAGGCGCGUUCUAUACACUGGUCCCCAUACGACCGCGUUGGCGUGCGUCGAUCGCCGUGAGACCGCCGCGGAGGCGACGCGGACGGUGAAGCUCGCCGCGCGGCUCCGCGACGCGGACCGCGGCGUCGUCGGGAUCGACCUGAGCGGGGACCCCACGCUCGGGACGUGGGCGCGGUUCGAAGGGUCGAUGGUGCUCGCGCGGGCGUUGGGGUUGCCGGUGACGCUGCACUGCGGCGAGGUGGUCACUCCGGGGGAGGAGGCGUCGAUGCUUCGGUUCAAGCCCGAGCGCUUCGGGCACUGCGUGAACACCGUGCGCGACCCCGCGCUGUUCGCGGGUCUGAAGCGCACGUUUGCGUGCGUGGAGGUGUGCGUCACGAGCAACGUGAUCACGGACUCGAUCGUCGGCGGUAACGACGCGGGCAAAAGCGGCGGGGGGAAAGGCUGCGUCGACGUCGCGCGCGUCGCGUCGCGGCACCACCUCAAGAAGCUCCUCCGCGCGAGACACCCGAUCGCGCUGUGCACGGACGACCCCGGGAUCUUCUCCACGUCGCUGUCUCGAGAGUACGCUCUGGUUGCGGCGUCUCUCGGGUUAUCCGACGACGACUUGAGGAGCCUCGCGGCGUCCGCGUUGGAACACGCGUUCAUCUCCGGCGGCGCCGACGCGGUCAGCGGGACGCUCCCGCGGCUGCGAAGACGCGUCGCGGAGGGCGCGAACGCGUGGGAGGGCUUGCCCGGAAGACGCCGCCGCGCGUGGAACGCGACGGCGCGGGCGAUGCGGGAGGUGCACGCGGUGAUGUUCCCGCGGCCGGAUCCGCCGCCGCCGCUGAGGGACGUGGACGAUUUCGCGCCGACGCGGGAGCGGGUCGCGCUCGCGGUCAGCGCGGCGAUCGGCGCCGCGUGCGUCGUCGGGUCGAUCACGCUGUUGACCGCGCCGGCGUCGACGCGGAGGGAGUGGCUCAGCGCGCUCGGCGCCGCCGCCGCGGGCAGCGAGAAGGCGUGA